CCCAAUUACAGCGUGGCUUUUCUUCAUAAGAGCCGUCACACCGGGUGUCAUGUGCCGCGCUUCCCCGCGGAGACCCUCGGCGCUGCGGAGGUCUGCCUGUGCCCUCCCACCCACGUGCCUCCUCCUGCUCCUCCUCGCCGCCGUGCGCGGCCACACCUGCGCUGAACCGGGAAAUCCGUCCGGCGGAGAGGAGGCGGAGAGACGGCCGGGCUCCAGGGACGCGGCGGCGGCGGCGGCGGCUGAAACGGAGCUCCUUCGUCGGCUGCCAUCGAGGCGGGAGACGCUGGACACGUUUGAUCCGAAGACGGUUCGGAGGCACGCGAGCAGGAGCCGGUUGGUGCUGCUGAGACUUCACGAACGCGGGGUGGGAGGGGGACACACACACACACACCGGAUUAAGGAUUUUCCAACCAAAUUGAUCAGCACCGUCAAAGAGACCGAGUGUGAGCAGCUGUGCGCAGGUGCUGCAAACUCUACAGAUGUUCUGAUUCUUUGCUUCGGAUGUCGAAGCUGUAAGGACAAUUGGGAUCCACUCAGCGUGAGAAACCUAAACGGAUGUUGUGGAACCCUUUGGAUGCAGACUCGGGCGGAUGUUAACUACAACAAUAGCGAGCCCAGUAUUCAUUUUGUCUCCAAACUCAACCCCCCCCCUCCUUUUCAGGAUAAUACACAGGGCAAACGUGUGUGUUAUUUGGUGAAGGAGAUACAACUAAAAGGAUCCCGCCUUCUUCUGUGGCGGUUGAGACAACGUCAUUGGAAGUGGCAUCAGAAUGCCUGAGCUGGAAAACUUUUCCCCCCUGAGGAGCCCGAGAGGCCAUGAGCCGGGCCCAGGUGGACCAGCGGACCCUCUGCGCAUCCAGCACGGCAUCCUGGACGAACAGGUGGAGCUGUGGUGGUUCCGAGAUCCCAGGAGGUCUCUGCUCUGCUACUGCGUGGCUGUGCUCCUGAUCCUGGGCUGCGGGCUGGGCGGGGUCGGCCUCCUCUCCACCACCACCAGCGUCUCCAGCGAAUGGCGGCUGGGCGUGGGCACGGCCCUCUGCCUGCUGGCCCUGGGGGUCCUGCUCAAACAGCUGCUCAGCUCGGCCGUGCAGGACAUGAACUGCGUGCGAAGCCGCCGGCGGAUCAACGUGCUCAAAAGCGGCGGCCUGUCGGACCUGCUGGUGAUUUUGAUCACGGGGCUGUCGCUGUUGAUCUGUGGAGGCGUUCUUCUACGCCUGGCACUGGCUAAUCACAUGCCGAAGCCGGGGCAGGCCCUCAACGACAUGUACAUCUCCGGAGUGGUUUUGCUAGCUGGGGGCGGGUCUGCAGUCGUGGGUGUCGGAAUAUACUCUGUCGUGGUCAUCUUGCUUGAGAGGACAAGGCACGGACGCAGGUUGGUGGACCGGGUUUUGAAUAUCUUCACCGUCUCCGGACCCAUGGACCGUCACGCUCGAAGAGAGACUACCUCCAGUCUGGCUAAUCUGAUAUGAGCUGACGGCCUGUUUUGGCACAUUGCGCUUCACGCCGGAACGUUCAGCCUCAGACUAAAUCACAGCAGGCUUCAUGCAAAAAUACCACAAGAGGAACGAUUCAAACACGACUCAUCCCUUAUGCUCUAGGUGUCCAGACUGAUUUUUCUAAUAUCUUCUUGCAGCAAACAAAUCUCAGUUACAAAGCCAGGAUGAAAGGAUUGGACAGUAAAACAUUGUACAAAUGAUAAUGUACCGAUUUUAGAUCUAUUUCGCAACACGUGACCACUUACAAAUUCAGAUGCUGUGGACUUUAUUUCUGUACGUUCUGUAAAUGGUAUUCAUCUGGUUAACUGGUAACCAUCUUACCAUUCACAUUGGACAAACGCUAAACAUUAUGUUGCCUGUGGCAGUUUAUCUUUGGGACUGUUUGCAGGACAUCAACAAAAACACGUUUUUAAGAAUUUGGCUCAAGUGGUUUUCUAGGAGAUUGAGAAACGGAAAGUAAAGAUCGUCUGAAACAUCUUAAGCUAAAGGCAGAAGUAAAAAAACAUGUGAAAUAUGGUCUGUUAUCGGAUUUGUGCAGUCAUCUGAAAUUGAACAGGAAGGCCGGUGGUCUGAGCGUAGCCUACAGUCAUUUGGUCUAUAUAAAGCUUUUCUAUAUAAAAGCAGUGCACAGAUGAUGGGACAGAAACCUUGUCCAAGUUGACAUCAGAGAACGAUGAGCGGGAUCAUCUACUAAUUGGACUGUCACACAUUCAAGAUCCAUAAUACAUAUCCUGUAAGUGUCCUUGGACUGCACACUACUACUUGCUCAGUCAUCGUAAGAGAAAAUGAAUCAGAGCACCAGCUGUAAGGCUAAAAUAUAAACUGCUAAGUGAGUCAACUGUAUAAAAAAAAAGCUUAUUUUUAAAAUGUGUUUGUGAUUCAUGCCCCGCCCUCUCACUUUGUCCAUGUUCACAUGAAGAUAAUUAGCAAACAAAUUUGAUGGAUUCGAGGAUCUUCAGCUAAAUCGAAUGACUCCUCCCUUUAAAGUUCUUCCCUUGUGCAAAUUUCUUUUUGUGUCCUUUGGGACAAAAGUGACUGAAACCUCACAAUAAUGCUUCGCUUCGAUGGUUUAAAAGUCACAUUACAGCACAUAAUAUUGUAUAGAUACAUGAACACAGUAAUAAUCUCUUUUUUUUGAACCGUUCAUCUAUUUAUGAGUGGAAUUACUUUGUCUAAUGUAUAAUGUCCAUUCAUUUAGCGUCAAGUCGUGGAGAAACACAAAAUGCUUCAGCUCCUGGAGGUUUUUGAGCCGCUGAGCUCCUGGUUUCGAUUCAUGUGGAUUAGUCACAUUGGUCUCAUCAAUCCAUGUUGGCAAACAUUUCCAGCAAAAAGCGUUAUUUCUAAACUACUGUCCACCGCCUAACCAGCACCGAGGCAAACCAGAGGGUGUGAACUUGCAUCUUGAUGGCUAAAGAUCCAAAAAUAAUCCCUUGGUGGUUAUCAAGUUGGAGCUAAAGCACAAUAAUUGUUGUGGUUAAACCAAAACGUUACAUGCCUGUGCUGCACGUUUAACUAUGGAAUGAGGUUCAUUAAGACAGUUUGAACUCAAUUCUUGCUACUUCCCAAACAGGUGUUUCUAAAGUUACCGAGAUUCAGGCUCAUUUGGGCAAAUAAAGUCAGCGGUCAUCGAAUACAUGAUCAGUUGUAUUUUUCUCCACAUCUGACCUUGAACAAUGUUGUACAAGCACCUAAUACAAAGGACGACAUAAAACUGAGCUCAUGAAUCUAUGCAGGUGCUGUGUUUGCCAACACAUUUGCCAACAGAGGUUAAGAUGGCGAUGUUGUGUAACAGCUUGAUGUUGUACCCUCUGAUGCCUACAAAGGCGUUAAUGUGGGUUUAGGCAAGCUACCCAGAAUGCAUGAAAGAUGGGUAGUUGCACAAAAUGUUGUAAUUCUGUCAUUUGAAGAGUCCGCGACAUAGUUUUGCAAAAUCUGAAAAAAAAUGUAAGAGAAUCAGUCAGCAGCACAAUUUCUUUGACUUUUAAAUCAAGUUGGUGUGUAACAUUUAUUCAUUAAACUUCCUGAAACCCUUCAUUAAGAGAAAGGUUGCAGAUCAUUUGGA